AGGGGCGCAGUUUGGUCGAGAUAGACAGCCCUUUUUCCCUUUUGGCCGCUCGCUCUUCUUUUUUUGAGGGGCUUCGUUUUGGCGCUGUCACGCUGGCCUGACUGAUCGCUGCCGCUAUCGCUUUAGAGCGGCCUGCUUGAUCGAUAACGCUUUGCAUGACAUUGCCUCUCUUUCUUCAUUCUACAAUAAAACCACCCCAAAAAGCGUCAGGAAUUUUUUUCAAUAACUUUCCUGGCAAGUGCUGUCAAUCGGAGCUCUGGUAAUAGCGGGAGAGGAUGGGCAAUCAACUUGCGGUCACCUCGACGGUGGAUCUCGCGAACGUCUCCUCUGAGCUGGAGCUUAUUGCUCCUCUUGGCGCGGAGGGCCGAAACUACUUCGCCACCUUCCACUGCCUGUGCUACACUCCUCUCUCUCCAACUCCGCUGACAGGCGGCGCCACUGCCCCAAACUCCUCUGUCCUUUUGCCACAUCCACCGCCGUUGUCCAGCGGCAAUGCACCCGGCUACACCACGGACUUUCUUUCGGCCGAUGGAUCGAGUAGGCGGCCCGAGUAUCGUCCCAACAGCCUCUACUACCCAUCUGCUGGAUCUGUUGGCUCCCCGCUUUCGGUGACUCCUCCAACAAGAGACACUGCACGCGGUGGCGGCGGAGAGGGUCUUCCUUACGCACCCGCUGCCACCUUCAUGGCAGGGUCUUGGGCUGCCACUGCUGCAGCGCCCACGACCCGCAUCGCAUCGGUUGAACGCGCGGCAUGGCAUCAGGCACGUUGGCGGCAACGUCUGCCCGUCGCAGCUCGCCCGUGGCGUGUUGCGCCGUCUCAUUUCGUCAGCGAGGCAGCCCAAGAUCGCUGCCCUCCCGGAGAGGUGAUGGACCGCUGGUGUCGGGACAGCACAGUGACGUCGCACGCUUUCUCCCGCAGCAGCGCGCGCCGCUUCGAUGCCCACUCUGACGAUGCCAUCGCAGCUUCCCCAACUGCGCCGCAGCCGUCGCCGUCUCCCUUUUCCCCCUCCCCGUCUUCUAUCACGAGAGGCAAUACUGCGUCUUCCACGGACAUCGAUGCCACGGUCGCGGGCGUGGUGGGGGAGUGGCGUGGCAAUUACGGCAACUACGUGCAGCUGCUCCUGCGUGGCGGCAGCAGUGCCACACACAACACGGUCACCUCGCCGGCCUUGUGUGACGGUCAACUUCUCCAAGUGACGGAACCGGUGCGAAGCGGUGCGGCGGGCACCGGUGUGGGCCACGGAGCUCGACGCGCUUUCACAGCCGCCAUGACGACGACGAUGCCGUCUGCUCUCAGCGCUGUCAUGAGCAACAAUCCGAGCAGCAGCACGACCCUGCAGGCGCAGCCGCAAUCCUACAUAAUGCAGGACGUGGUGACAAAGGUCUUUGUGCGGACGCCGGACGACCCUGGGCAGACGUACUUCUUGAACCGUGUGCGGCAGAUGAUGGCCAACGCACGGGAGCAGCUCUCCGUCGUCGACUCCACCCUUCCCCCCACCACGCCGCGAAACUGUCUGUGGUACACGCUCGUCGACGAAGGUGAUGGGUUUUGCGUGCUGCAGCGGCCGUACGUCGCCUUCACGGUGCGCGAGCGCCUCGCAGCGCGGCCUGCGUGGACGGCGCAGGAGAAACUCUUUGUCGCAUUUCAGAUCUUGCGGGCCGUUGCACACCUGCACGAGACGUACGGCCUCACGCACGGGGAUAUCAAGCCGAACAACGUGCUGGUGCAGAGCACGGGUGUGGUGGUGCUGUGUGACAUGGCGCCGUUCAAACCGUGGCGACUUCCCCUAGACAGCCCCUUGCUAUUCGAUUACUACUACGACACCGACGAGAGCCAUGCCUGCUACGUCGCGCCGGAGAAGUUCAGCGACCAACCUCUGCCAACCCCACCGCUGGAAAGCAAGACGCCAGGCAACGCGACGUACAACGUGCGAAAUGUGAACUUCGACGGACAUACCGCAGCCAUGGACGUCUUCUCCACCGCCUGUGUGCUGUUGUUCUUGUACAGAGAGGAGGACCCGUUCACUCUGUCGGAGGUACUCAAUCUGCAUCAUCUUUCUUCCGUGGAGCAGCGGGAGAAGACCAUUCUGCCGCUGCUGCGAGAGUCUGGUGUGCCACCCGCGUUGCAGCCGCUUCUGCGAUCGAUGCUGUGCUCCUCCAGUGCGGAUCGACCCUCUGCUCGCGAGCUGUUAGCGAGAGGGCUGGAGGAGCACGUCUUUCCAGCCUCCUUUGCCUACUUGUACGAGGAGGCGUGGCCGCGUCUGCUCAUGCAGUCGCCGGAUCUUCGCCUGCGGCUCUUUCAGAAUCAACUGGAAGGCAUUCUGCAGCACUGUGCCAAAUUGGACGCCGAGCUACCGGAAGGCGAAGGGCGACGCCCCAAAACUACUAGAUCUGCGUCCUCAGCGAUGCGGAGCGGCGUUGAAGAUGAUGCCGCUCGCAACCCGCGCGCAACGGCUGUUCGCGUGCUGCUUCCGCUGCUCCUUCAGUCCAUCCACUCCACCAGAACCAGCGACGAGGCAACGUUCCGUGGACUGCUGUGUCUGCGGCAGUGCGUGGCGUAUUGCUCGUUUAACACGGUGACUGAUUUUGUCCUGCCCCAUCUUGUCUACGUGGUGAACAACGAUGCGCAUGUGUAUGGAUCGGCUACUCGGUUGGUAGCCAUUCGACUCUUGUGUAGUAUCGCAGAAACCGUUGCUCGACGACUCACAGCCGCGCAGUCCUCUCUGCAUGAGGCGGGAGGUGCAGCAGAAGCCUUCAAUUGUCCGACGGAAGCUCUGGACGCUAGCCACCCGCCUGAUGAGGAGCAGUGGGCCCUUAUGGAACACCUGGUGCUCCCAUGCCUUUACGAUGUCCUUCGCCAAUGCGAACAGGAGUCAGUGGCGGUGCUGGUGGAAAUCGCCGUCCAGCUUCCACGCUUGCUUCUGUUGACCCGUUUCUUGACGGAGCGGCGACAAGUUUUAUACGACGCGGAGGACAACUCGACAGCCGCGCAAAACGCAAGUGCCAGCACGACUCCAGUCGCGAACUGCGCCCACGACCCCGCAAAUCAUGCACAACAAAAGGAUUCGAAGUCAGCGGACACCGACGAGGCGCGACGUGACGUGUUGCAGCCAGCAGUAGGCAAUGCGAAGUCAAGCGAAAUACCUCCAGCAGACGAGUUGGAAGCUGCUGCUGCACCGGCUCCUACACCUCAGCAGCGCAGCGGCGCUACUCUUGUGGAAGUCGACGGUGGUGAGGCAAACGUCGAAGUACACGGCGAAGCGACCCACCUCACGGAAGACAAGGAUUUGGUGGUGGACAGCAACGCGCAGGCGUCCAGCGGGACGGGACCGAGUGACGGAGCAGCGGCGCGGCGCGGUGAACGAAGGCAAAGUGUGUCAGGGAGCAGUGCGGAAGGAGCGGGGCAAUACCUUUCUCAACUACGCUGCCUCCUCACGAACGGCUGGAACAUGCUGCACGUGCUGUACAACCACUCCUGCGUGGCAGUGGCGGCGGCCGUGACGCAGCAAACGUCGUCCACGGUGGCUGCCUUCCUCGGUGAUGAGCGCGUUUCAGAAGAUCUGGUUCCGCUGCUUACCACAGCCCUCACCGCACCCUUGCGCGUGUUGCGCUUACUCUUUCCGCAGGCCAUCUUGCUGCACGCGCUGCUGCAAAAACCGCAAGCAAAGACGCUGCGUUUGUUUGUCGAAGAGGGACUUCGUCACGAUGACGAUGUGUGCGUCAAGUCCACUCUGGACAGUUUGGCUGUGGUAGUACGCAGCAAGAAACUGCCGCUGGGGGAGUCGAUGGCGCUCGUGCACCAAACCCUUCCGUUUCUAAUGGAUGGCCGCCUGUGGUUGCGCGAGGCGGCGUGCGGCGUUGUGGAGGCGGCAGCGCAGAGUUAUCCGCCAAGCGCCGUCGCCCUGCAUCUGGCGUUCGCGGUGCGACCGCUGCUGACACAUCCGGUACCGCUGUCGCAGCUGCGCCGCUUUGCCGCGUCCAUCAUUCGUUCUGAACUCGCGGUACCGGGCAGUGGGAAGGGUCACCACUCCGCGUCCGUGCGCCGAUAUGGAAACUUUUUCAACGGCGUUCGUGAAGGCGGAGACGAAGCAGGAGAUUUCACGGCGGAUACAGAAUGGUCGUUCAUGACUGAUAAGCACGUCGAUGCCUGCACCUCCAACUCAUUUAUAGGAGGUGCUUCAGACGGUAGCAGAGGUGAUGCCAACGCUCCGGGUUCGUUUGUGGACUACCGCGACGCCUUGCCUUCCGUGCUGUCGGCCACAACGAGUACCGCACCUUCUUCCGCUCCUGCACUUCUCCACACACUACCACAACCGCCAGUCACCGCAGUCACUGCAAUAACACCGGCGAGUGACCCUGCACUAUCCGGUGAAUGUGUGAGCUCAGAAGACAGUUCAACACUCACCUACACGCUCUCUGCUCGGGAGGCAGCGCGCCUAUCAAAGGAGGGGGGUAGAACUGCCGCGUCAACCUCCACGAUGCACGGGCAGUCAUCUUCUCUAGCCAUCUCUACCUCCGCCAGUACGCGUCAGAUAACCGCCUCCACGACCCUUGUUCUGCCGCAGAGCCGCGCCAACUCCGCCGCAGCGCCGCACGUAGUCGAUCUCAGUCCGUUUCCGAGGACCUUAGCAGCAUCGCAUUCCUCCCUCUGCCGCUCGGACGUACCGGUACUCACAAGUAAAGGUAGUAGGGAUGCGGCCUACUCCUCAGCGCCUUCUGCCUUCGCGUUAACGACAGCAACGGCGGCCUCCCCACGCUUCUCCUCGGCGUCCAGCGCUACGCUGCUCGUGCCUGCUUCGACAUCUACCGCUGCGGCCAACACGAAGACGAUGCGGUACUCGGCUCUCCGUCCCAUCGCGGCACCCAUCAGCGCCGUCAGCCUCCACACGGGCGCUAUCUACACCGCCGCUGCCGCUCCCUCUGCGAACGGUGUCUUGGUCACAGCUGGCUCGCGUGGGGAGGCGAUGGUUUGGUGCGUUGGUGCUGCCCUCACAAACGGCACGCACACACGUGAUUUGACCCUCGUGGAGAGGGUGCCAGUACCGACCUCGGCUGCCGCUGCCGCCGGCGCCCCAGUGUCGCAUGACUUUUCGUACGUGGCGAGUCAGUGGAUGGAUGUGGCACCGCUGCGUUGCGACAGUGGCGGCGCUUCUACUGCUGCUGCUGCUGCUGCUGCUGCUGCUGUACCCGCCACAACGAACACCGUCGCUCUUGCCAGUACGGAUGGCCAAGUGCGCAUCUUGGAUGUGGAGCGCAAUUCAUGGUUGUGGUCGACCGCGGUGGGAGAUGGCCGGGAAGGUGCACCGACCGGGCUUGCUCUGCAGGACCAGUGCUCGCUGCUGGUGACGACGGCGGCUGGUGGAUUGCACGUCGUGGACACGCGAUGCCGCGGCAGUAGCGCCGGUUGCACAUCGACGACGGUCUCUGCGAACUUCCCGUCAACGAAUGCUGAUGUUAUUGGUGGGUGUCACACGGCUUCGGCCUCUGCGUGGAGUGCGCGUCUUCAACCGCUGGAUGGUGCACCGAGUUGCGUCCUUCCGCUGUACAUGGGCGACAGAGCAGGCGCUAUCGUGGCGGGCACCUACGGCGGUGUCGUCUGCCUCUUCGAUCUCCGCUACCAGCUGUGUGCCCAGCGCACCGUGAUGCGGUCAUCGGAUGCCUCACCGCUCUCGUCGUCCGCGCUGUCGAUCACGUGCGCCUGCGUGGAUCCACUGUCGUCGCUGUGCCGGGACUGUCGGCCCUCUUCGUGGGAGCCGGCGGUGCCGGGUCCGAGCGUGCUCCUGGCCACCACCGGCGGGACGGUGUACCGCCUUCUCUUGCAGUCCAAUUGUCUUGGUGCGUACUGGCCGGCAUUUCAGUGUGACCGCGACAGCGCAGGUGGCAUCCGCUGCACGCUCUGCCAGCCUUCCACAGGCACCGUGUUCACCGGCACCGAGGAUGGCUACGUACGGCACUGGUCCACCGACCACCCAACGACGUCGCACACGAUGACGUGCGUUCCCUACACGUCGCCGCGGUACACGGUGUCACUCAACUCGCCGGCUGCUGCUACCGCAGAUCCCGGCGGCGGUGUCGGCGCGAGCACAAUAAGUAUGAAGUACGGUGCAAAACACCUGGCCAGGCUGACGGUGCGUGAAAGCCCUCGCGAAGCGCGACAUGCGCUGCCGCACCACUCGUCGGAUGCCAUCUUGACGCUGUGUGCCGUCCAAACAUCCGCGUCUCCUUCCGCGUCGUGGUCAGAUGCGAUGGUGGGACACUCCUAUUUGUUGUCAGGCGCACGCGACGGAUCGCUUAUCCUCUGGAACAACGCGGAGUAG